AGCGGAAGGUCCCGGCGCUCUCAUCCGGUGAAAAUAAAGAGGGGAAACGGACAGGAGCCGCCUCAAAUGGACAGCGGAAGCGAUUCCGACGGCGCUCCCGAGGAGCUCACUGCUGUGCAGGGUGUUGCGAAGCACGAAGAGACCAGUAAAGUCGAGAAAGACAGUGUUCUCAGAGUAACACGGGAAGGAAAGGAACGGAGGAAACGUUGGGCCCAACGAAGAACAUCCUCUAAACCAGAUAAGAAGGCGCCAAAGGAAGUAGAAGAUGAAGAUACUAAAAAAAGUGAGGAGCAUGAGGAGACAAAUACUAUGCCUGGCAUGCUCCCCACUAGUGUAAUUGAAAUUCUAGCAGCUCGUGAGAAGCAAACCUUCGCAUCAGAUUCCGAGGAAGAAAAUGUAAAGCAGAAGGUCCAGAGGAGAAAGAAGAGAAUGAAAACUGAUGGGCCUGAAACUAUUCUGCUGAAAGAUGUCCGUUCAACGCAACACGUGAAGAAUGCCCUUGAUUUCUUGGAGCAUAGGAAAAAUCGUGUCCCAAGGUCAAAUGCAGUUUUGAAGAAUGCCAGUAAGGCUUUGCGUCUCCUGUCUUCGAAAGGUAAUUUUCUAAGUUAAGCGUGUGGUAGAAUAGCACAUUUUCUGAAUCUGUGCUUAGACCAUCCUCUCGACAUCAGACAUGGUCAAGAGACUUAGGACCAAUGUGUUGGAAUGGAAUCUACCUGGCAUGUGAAAUGUAAUGCAGCAUAUCCUUUUGUGUGAAUGUGAUGAUUAGCACACAUGUUCCUUGUAAGAAAUCCAAGGUUUGUAAUCAUUGAAUAUAUUUGAGUUUGAGUUAUCUAUUUAUAUGUUUGAGUUUUGGU